GGCUCGGAGCUCCCUCGCUGCCGCAGCUCCCGGCGCCGCCGCUGCCCCGGUAUUGUUGCUGCAGCUGGUGUUGUGAAUCAGGCCGACGGCAAGCGCUUCCUGCAAUCCGGCUAUUUCACCACACCAGGGUUGCAUCAUACCACUCGCUUCGCUCCUCGCCCGCCUCCGGAGCCCUCCUGUGCCUUCCUGAGCAUCGCUGACUGUGCUGUGUUUAACAGGCCCCCCACUAAGAGACUGAUUUGUGCUGCUUUGGGCAAAUCAGCUGUUUUGAUGAAACGGUGAGGUUCUAAAAUAAAGCCACUUCUGCUGGGUGUGAGUCUGCUGGUGCAUCUGUUGUGAGAGGAAGCUGGUGUCCACUUUGUGGAGGUUGUUGUGUGAGGUGCUCUGGGGUGAGGCUCUUUCCUGGUCCUCACCUGGCCCUUGUCCCUGCUCUCCGGGCUCUGAGGUGCCCUGCAGUGCUGCGAGGGCUGAGCAGGGAUGCAGACCGGGCUGCUGCCCUCAGCUUCCCCCGGCUGCCCGGGGCUUGGCUGAUCACAGCCGUCUGCCCUCACACAAACAAGGGGGCUGGAGCAAGUCCUCAAAAUUCAGGUCAAAAUUUGUGUGUGAAUGCAAAGAGAGCCAGAGGCAGCACAGCAGGCAGGCCCAAUUUUCCAUUAACUUGCAAAGCCACACAGAGCUGAAAUUCCAAUGGGCUGCCCUCGAACUUUAUUGCUGGCCUUGUUUGCUGUCUUUGCUGAUCUUAUCUGUAACUGCUUUGGUGGCACAUGUGACAGGGGCUGGGGAGUGAAACAAGCGCCCAUCCCUCCCCCUGUCCUCAGCUCCUGUCGCUGUGGGGUUGUGGCCACAUAGCUUCAUCUUGUUUUUUGUGUGAUGGGGGCAAGGGUUUAAGUGGCUUGUUGACUCGGGGAUGGAACUGGGGGCAGUUCUGAGCCCUGGGGGCUCAGUGGUACCCUGUCCCUGGGUCUGGAGGGGAAAGGGGCUGUGGGACCACGGGCAUCUCUGCUGCCUGGUACUGAGAGCUGCCAGCUCCCAGCCCUGGACAAGCACAGACAGACUUACGCCACUCUGUGCACCCUGUCUUCUCCAGCAGCCUGGAAUCCAAGUUCCAGCAGGAGCAUCCCUCAGAUCCCUUGAUGUCACACUCCCCCCUUCCCCCUCGUUUCACUGUGAGAUAAAGGCCCUGUUCCCCUCCCCACAUCCGGCCCAGCUCAGUGCCACAGGCGGCACCGUGGAGACCAGCCAGGAUGAUUUACGAGAUCUGACAGGUCUGGGGCAGUAUCCCAGGGAAGGGUGAGGGUGCGUGGGAGUCUUGCUCCCUUUUUCCAUAAUAAAUCCCUGUGAACUGAAUGUUCCUGGGUUGGGGCCGGAGGCAAACUCAGCGCUGCAUUUCUCUGCUGAUCUGUCCUUGGGACUUAAUCUCAAAUCCGUUAUCGCUGGCCCCAUCGAGCGCUGGGAGGCAGUGAUGCCCAUUAUGGUGGUUUUGGUAUCCCUUCCAGCUAUUUUUUUCCCCCUGACCAGCUCGAGGUGGUUCAGGCUGAUUCCUUUCCUCUAUUAGCAUCAGUGGUGGGUGUGUGCCGGUCACCUCGCUCCGGUUUUGUGCGGUAUAAAGCCGGCGAGCCCCUCUCCACCCUGUCCCCACCUGGCAGGCUGCUGGGCAGGGGCAAUGGCCGAGCUGCCCAUCCCAGAUGUGCCCCCAGCCCGCUGCAGCGGCCGCUUCACCAUCAGCACCCUCCUGGGCAUGGAGGAGAUGGGCCGGGGUCCCUACACACCCACCGAGGGGUCCAGCUGUGACAGUGCCCAGCCCACCCAGCUGUCCAGCAGCACCCUCUGCACCAGGACCUUCGGCUACAACACAGUGGAUGUGGUGCCAGCCUACGAGCACUACGCCAACAGCAAGGGCGUGGGCGACCCCAGGAAGGGCAGGCCCUCGCUGGCUGACCUGCACUCCAUCCUCAAGGUAACAGGGGGCUUGGCUGUACCCAUAACAUCUCUGGCAUCCCCUGGCCAUGCUGCUGGUCUCUGCAAAGUGCGUGUCGUGGGUCACUCUGUCUCCUGCCUCUUGGUGCCAUUACUGGUGCUGUGCCAACUGCAUAUUCCCAAGAAGGCCCUGAGAGAAGCCAGAGGAUCCAGCUGUGUGCUCAGCCAGAGCAUUGCCUCCAGGGACAGCUGCCUGAAGUCCACCCUCACCUGCUUUCCCCUCGUCCCACAGCCUGACCCGAGCCGCCUUCGCACGCCGGUGUCGGACGUGCAGCACAGCAAUGGGCUGCCAGAGGCUGGGCCAGAGGCUGGGCUGGAGGAGGCAGAAGGGGAGCCAGGCAGAGACUCCGAGCCAGAACCCGUCCGCUUUGGCUGGGUGAAGGGCGUCAUGAUCCGCUGCAUGCUGAACAUUUGGGGAGUUAUCCUCUACUUGCGCUUGCCCUGGAUCACCGCCCAGGCAGGAAUCGCCCUGACAUGGCUCAUCAUCCUCAUGUCUGUGACAGUGACCACCAUAACCGGCUUGUCCAUCUCUGCCAUAUCCACCAAUGGCAAAGUGAAGUCAGGAGGCACAUACUUCCUGAUCUCACGGAGCCUGGGGCCGGAGCUGGGCGGCUCCAUCGGGCUGAUCUUUGCCUUUGCAAACGCCGUGGCCGUGGCCAUGCACACAGUGGGCUUUGCUGAAACUGUCCGGGACCUGCUGCAGGAGCACAAUUCCCUCAUCGUAGACCCCACCAAUGACAUCCGAAUCAUUGGGGUCAUCACUGUGACGGUGCUGCUGGGCAUUUCCCUGGCUGGCAUGGAAUGGGAGGCCAAGGCACAGAUACUAUUCUUCCUGGUCAUCUUGGUUUCCUUCAUUAACUACCUGGUGGGGACAGUGAUCCCAGCCACUGCUGAGAAGCAAGCAAAGGGCUUCUUCAGCUACCGAGCUGAUAUCUUUGCUCAGAACUUUGUGCCCAACUGGCGUGGACCUGAGGGCUCCUUCUUUGGCUUGUUUUCCAUCUUCUUCCCAUCUGCAACCGGCAUCCUGGCUGGGGCCAACAUUUCAGGUGACCUGAAGGAUCCUGCCAUAGCCAUCCCCAAGGGCACCUUGAUGGCUAUCUUCUGGACCACGAUGUCCUACCUGGUGCUUUCUGCUACCAUUGGUGCCUGUGUGGUCCGAGACGCCUCAGGCAGCCUGAACGACAGCGUGGCCGUGGGUUCUCCGGGCUGUGAGGGGCUGGCCUGCAGCUUCGGCUGGAACUUCACUGCCUGUGCCCAACAGCAGAGCUGCCGAUAUGGGCUCAGCAACUACUACCAGAGCAUGAGCAUGGUGUCUGGAUUUGGCCCCCUCAUUACAGCAGGAAUCUUUGGUGCUACCCUCUCCUCAGCAUUGGCCUGCCUUGUCUCAGCCCCCAAAGUCUUCCAGUGUCUCUGCAAGGACCAGCUCUAUCCUCUCAUUGGCUUCUUUGGGAAGGGCUAUGGGAGGAACAGCGAGCCCAUCCGUGGCUACAUGCUCACCUAUGUCAUUGCUGUUGGCUUUAUCCUCAUCGCCGAGCUCAAUGCCAUCGCCCCCAUCAUCUCCAACUUCUUCCUCUGCUCCUACGCCCUCAUCAACUUCAGCUGCUUCCACGCCUCCAUCACCAACUCCCCAGGCUGGCGACCCUCCUUUCGGUAUUACAGCAAGUGGGCUGCACUCUUUGGAGCUGUCGUCUCAGUGGUGAUCAUGUUCCUGCUGACCUGGUGGGCAGCCCUCAUUGCCUUCGGCAUCGUCAUCUUCCUCCUGGGAUAUGUCCUCUACAAAAAGCCAGAUGUCAACUGGGGCUCCUCCAUGCAAGCCAGCUCCUACAACAUGGCCCUCAACUACUCAGUGGGGCUGAGCGAAGUGGAUGAGCACAUCAAGAACUACAGACCACAGUGCCUGGUGCUGACUGGCCCACCCAACUUCCGCCCUGCACUGGUGGAUUUUGUGGGGACCUUCACCAAGAACCUCAGCCUGAUGCUCUGUGGCAACGUGCUGAUUGGCCCGCGGAAGCAGAAGAUGCCGGAGUCCCGGCUGAUGGCAGAUGGCCACACUAAGUGGCUAAUGAAGAGGAAGAUCAAGGCUUUCUACACAGAUGUGGUGGCUGAGGAUCUGAGAAGUGGUGUCCAAAUGCUCAUCCAGGCUGCUGGCCUCGGGAAGAUGAGACCUAACAUCUUAGUGCUGGGCUACAAGAGGAACUGGCGGACGGCAUCUCCCCAGAGCCUGGAGGACUACGUGGGCAUCCUGCACGACGCAUUCGAUUUCAAGUACGGCGUGUGCGUAAUGCGGAUGAAGGAAGGGCUGAACGUUUCCGGAGUGCUGCAGGCACAUGUUAACCUCACGUUCGAGGCAGCAGAGCACCCCGAGAAUGGCACUGGCAGCAGAGCAGCCCCAGGCACGGCAGCAGACCCCACCACCUUGGCCAGUGAGCAGCAGGCAAGCACCAUCUUCCAGAGCAAGCAGGGCAAGAAGACCAUUGACAUUUACUGGCUCUUUGAUGAUGGAGGUCUCACGCUGCUCAUCCCCUACCUGCUGGGGCGCAAGAAGCGCUGGGCAAAGUGCAAAAUCCGGGUGUUUGUCGGCGGGCAGAUCAACAGGAUGGACGAGGAGAGGAAGGCGAUUGUCUCUCUACUGAGCAAGUUCCGCCUCGGCUUCCAUGAGGUCCACAUCCUCCCUGACAUCAACCAGAAACCCCGGCCAGAGCACAUCAAGCGAUUUGAUGAACUCAUCGCUCCCUUCAGGCUGAACGAUGGUUUCAAAGAUGAGGCCACAGUGAACGAGAUGAGGCAGGGCUGUCCCUGGAAGAUUUCUGAUGAGGAGGUCGAUAAAAACAGAGCCAAGUCACUCCGACAAGUGAGGCUGAAUGAGAUUUUGCGGGAUUACUCACGGGAUGCAGCACUCAUAGCCAUCACCCCGCCCAUCGGCAGGAAGGGCCGCUGCCCCAGCUCCCUGUACAUGGCCUGGCUGGAGACCCUCUCUCAGAACCUGAGACCCCCCAUCAUCCUCACACGAGGAAACCAAGAGAACGUGUUGACCUUUUACUGCCAAUAAAGC